CGACUCUCUGUCUCCCACUCCGUUCAAGAUGCCGACCGACAUGACCAAGUUCCAGCUGGUGAAGACCACCAAGUUCUCGGUGCUGCACCCGACCAAGGGCGCCAAGCCCAUGAAGCAGAUCGCCGCCCCUAAGAAGGCCGCCCCUGCCAAGAAGGCCGCCGCCCCCAAGAAGGCCGCCCCCGCCCCCAAGAAGGUCGAGGAGGAGGAGGACGACGAUGACGACGACCUGUUCGGCGACGACGACGAGGAGGACGACGAGGCCGCCAAGGCCCUGGCCGCCAAGCGCGCCGAGGCCGCCAAGGCCGCCAAGAAGGAGAAGAAGAAGCCCGUGGAGCGCUCGCAGGUCGUGAUCGAGGUCAAGCCGUGGGAGGCCGAGACGGACCUCGAGGAGCUGGCCGCCAAGAUCAAGGCGCUGCCCGUGGAGGGCCUGACCUGGGGCGAGGGCCACAAGCUGGUGCCCGUGGCCUUCGGCAUCAAGAAGCUGCUGGUGCAGUGCGUCAUUAUCGACGACCUCGUGCUGCUCGACGACAUCACGGAGGCCAUCGAGGGCUUCGAGGACUACGUGCAGUCGGUGGACAUCGCCUCCAUGAACAAGCUGUAAGCCUGUUGCGUGCGUGUGUGGUCUAAACCCUGCCAAAUCAAUGAAAAAACUGCGGCGUCUUGCGCUGCACGCUAAAUUACAUUGU